AUGAAUGUCAUGGAAAAGAUAAAGGAGGUAGAAAGCGAGAUGGCAAGGACUCAGAAGAACAAGGCUACGAGCAACCAUCUGGGGAUUUUGAAGGCUAAGCUGGCCAAACUUAGGAGAGAGCUCAUAUCGGCGCCGAAGUCCGGAUCGUCUGGAGAGGGAGGAUUUGACGUUGCAAAGACAGGAAUAGCAAGAGUUGGGUUUGUAGGAUUCCCGAGUGUUGGGAAGAGCACGCUGAUGUCCAAGCUAACGGGGACAUUCAGCGCAGUCGCAUCAUAUGAGUUUACGACCCUGACAACGGUCCCCGGGGUGCUGAACUACAACGGAGCAAAGAUCCAGAUUCUAGACCUCCCUGGGAUAAUUGAAGGGGCAAAGGACGGUAAAGGCAGGGGAAAGCAGGUUCUAGCAGUUGCAAGGACAUGCUCUCUCAUCAUAGUGUGCCUGGAUGUUCUCAAGCCGGUCUCCCACAAGGCUGUGAUCGAAAGAGAGCUUGAAGGAGUUGGGAUUAGGCUCAACAAGCAGCCUCCGAAGAUCAAGAUAACGAAGAAGGACAAGGGAGGGGUGACGCUGAUUGGAGACAGCCUGGAUCUUGCAACAGUAAGAGCUGUGCUUGGAGAGUUCAGGAUGUCGAAUGCAGAGGUUGUAACGAGCGGGCCAUGCACAAUCGACGAUCUGAUUGAUGCAAUUGAAGGAAAUAGAAAGUACGUUCCCUGCAUAUAUGUACUGAAUAAAAUUGACUCGAUCAGUGUGGAGGAACUGGAUCUCCUGGACAAGAUCCCGCACUCUGUUCCUGUGUGUGCAAAUUUUGGGUGGAACUUUGACUCGUUGCUGUCGAAGAUGUGGAGCUAUCUUGAUCUUGUAAGAAUAUACCCAAAGCCGAAGGGAGAGCCUAUCGACUAUGAAGAGCCAGUCAUCCUCAGAAGCAACAAGAGAAGCGUGGCCGAUUUCUGCAAUGCAAUACACAGGGGGAUUCUUGCGAAGUUCAAGCACGCACUGGUGUGGGGAAGCUCUGUCAAGCACAACCCACAGAAGGUUGGAAAGGAGCAUAUCUUGAACGAUAGUGAUGUUGUUCAGAUUGUUAAAAGUGUCUAG